AUGUUGAGAAUAAACCGACGAUUCCCGUUGCUGCAGUGCCUGCGCCACGCCCACAACCAGGUGCGCGUCCGCUUCGCCCCCAGUCCCACGGGUCACCUGCAUUUGGGCGGACUUCGCACAGCUUUGUACAAUUUCCUGUACGCCAGGCAUUUGGGCGGAAAAUUCCUGCUCCGAAUCGAGGACACGGAUCAGACGCGACUGGUGCCGGGUGCCAGCGAACGCCUGGUGGAGGAUCUCCUCUGGGCGGGCAUAGAAAUCGACGAGGGACCCGGUUUCGGGGGUCAACUGGGGCCCUAUGUGCAAAGUGAAAGGAAGCUGAUUUACAGUAAAGCUAUAGAUGAACUUCUCCAGAAUGGCACCGCCUACCGGUGUUUUUGCACCGAACGCCGGCUGGAUUUGUUGCGUAAGGAGGCGCUGAGAACGCGGCAAGUUCCGCGCUACGAUAACAAGUGCCGGCAUCUUACUGAAAAGGAAGUCGACUCGCUCCUGGUCAAGGGAACGCCCCACUGCAUCCGAUUCAAGCUGACGGAUCACGAGGAACCACUGGAGGAUCUCAUUUACGGCCGGGUGCAUCACAAUGUCAGCGAUACCGAAGGCGAUCCGGUGGUCAUGAAAAGCGAUCAGUUUCCCACAUAUCACUUUGCCAACGUGGUGGACGACCACCUGAUGGGCAUCACCCAUGUCCUGAGGGGCGUCGAGUGGCAGAUAUCCACCACCAAGCAUUUGCUGCUCUACAAAGCUUUUGGCUGGCAACCUCCUAAAUUUGGUCACCUGCCGCUUCUCGUCAACGCAGAUGGCACCAAGCUUAGCAAACGCCAAGGAGACAUUGGUAUCCAGAAUUUCCGGGAGCGGGGAUUCUUCCCUCAAGCUCUGGUUAACUAUGUGGUUUCCGCGGGCGGAGGAUUCGAUCAUAAAGCCAAUGCCAAGCUGCAGUUGCUCAGCAUGGAGGAACUCUACGAGAAGUUUCAGAUAGAGCGGGUGAAUUCGCAUCCCAGUCGCCUGAAUCCCGAGCUGCUGGAAGAUUUCAAUCGCCUGGAGUUGGCUCAGCGUUUGUUGGGUAAAGAAAGCCGCUUGAAAUUGGUCAAGCAAGUCCAGGAGCUGGUGAAGAAGACCUAUCCACAGCACUCCAACUUGGAUCUGGCUGAGGACCACAUAGCGGAUGUGCUGAAUUGGUCUUCACAACGCUUAACUCUGCUCCAAGAUUUGACCAGCAGCAAGUUGAGUUUCCUGUGGGUAAAGCCUUCGGAUUUCCAACUGAAGGACCUCACAGCCCAUCAAUUAAAUAACAUGCUGAAGUUACUCAGAUCCCUAGAAGACUUUCACAAAGAUAAACUCAACACUGAGCUAAAGAACUUUGCUCAAAGAGAGAACAUAAAAUUCCCACAAAUGAUGAAAACACUAAGAGCAGCUUUAAGUGGUCUAAAAGAAGGUCCUGGCGUGGCGGAAAUGAUGGAGAUCCUGGGCCAAACGGUCACCCUCGAACGACUCCAAGAAGCUCUACCAAAGGAAAAACUCCCCUUAAAACAAAACCAAUAAUUCGGUUAGGUUUUGUUGUAUUUGUAUAUAUAUUACGAAUAGAUUAGUUUUUAUAUUGAUAACUGUUGCAAUUUGAGAAUAAGAUCAAUGAGUAGACACCACAAUAAGAGUCGAAAUUAAGUAUGAUUAA